CACUUUCAGUUAUUGGCUAGUCGCUGGUGUAGUAUAAUUACGAGGAUAAUUUGAUAUUAAUGUAAAAAAUGUUUAAACUGAACUGCUAAAUCUGAUAUAUUUGUUUAAUCUAACCAAAAAAAAGAAAUGAAAAUAUAAAUAUAUAUCAGAUCUUUUCAUUUAGGAGGUUAAUGCUUUCUCUAAUUUGUAGUUUCCUCUAGAUUGUAAUCACGUGGUUUUAUUUACAUUUCUUGACUUGACUCAUUGAACAUGUCGUAUAUCUAUUUACAACAUUUUCAUAAAUCAUAUUAUACACCUACAACGUAUUUUUUAUAUUUCCAAAAUAAAUUUUAACUUAUAAUCAAAUAGAUUAUAAUCAAUACAACAACAUAUAAAUUGCUAAAUCUUGAUGAUGUUACGAAAUUAUUUGUAUGAUAAUUGUCAAUUAACAUGAUAAUAUAUUCGCUUUAAUCUGCAAUAAAUUUAUUAUCCAUGUUUUUAAGAAUUACUCAUCAUGGGUAAUAGGUCGUUAUAUAAAUAAUGAAAAAAGUAGAGAGUAGUGUGUAAUAAGGAAAAUCAAAAAUGGCUGAAAAAGGAGCUCAUUUAACUGGAACAGCAUUUAUAAAACCUUCUAUUUUUGAAAUUAUAGCACAGGAAUCAUUAUCGUCCAUUGUCGAACCUUCUUUUAAAAAAUUUCUAUCGUUUCUCAUAUCAUUCAAUAUUGAAAGAUACAGUCAUCUUCUUAGAUGGACAGAUGAAGGCUAUUUAAUUUUCAAUACAAUUCUUCAAUGGUAUUACUUGAAUAAAUAUUCUGCUUCAUUUUCUGAAACAUUUUAUGGUUUAAAACGCAUAACUGUAGUAGAUUCGAAAAUUAAAAGCAAGUUAUCAAACAAGCAAAAACAUCUUUCUUUGAUAUUAACAGUUGUAUUCCCUUAUAUAAAAAAUAAACUAUCUCAGUUAAGUCAAAGAUAUAAACUCGAAGAAUUAGAUGGAUGUGCUCCAAAAUCGAAAUGGAAAAAAUUGUAUUGUAAUUGCAUUAUCAAAGGAAACGCGAUAAUUUUUAUGAUAUAUGAAUUUAUGGUACUGUAUAAUUAUAUAGUUUAUAUUUCUGGAAAAUCUGCAUAUACUUCCCCGCUUUUGAAGCUGUUAUCUAUUACUUUAACAUAUGCAGAACCAGAACCAAUAAUUAGUAUUUCUGAUCUAUUAAGAAAGAUUAGAAACAAUUCCUUUGGCCUUAGUGAUGGGGUAGAUAUAUUUCAAAGAAUGGUGACUACAUCUUUUGAAUUUGGAGCAUUUUUCCUUCAGUUUGUAUCAUGGUGGACUCAAGAACAUUAUUCAACUAACUUACUGUCAUUACCCAUUCCACCACCUCCUAAGAUUCCAGAAAUAGCAAAGCAGUACAAAGGCAUAUGUCCAAUCUGUCGUAAAGCACUCAGAAUACAUACAGUACUUUCAGUAUCUGGUUACGCAUUCUGCUAUCAAUGCAUUCUUCCUGUGAUACGCACAGACAGAAAGUGUCCAGUGACAAACUAUCCUGCCAAAGAAGAUGACUUAAUACGUUUGUAUUUAGGCUAAGUAAUAAUGUGCAUAUUUUAUCAGAAAAAUUGUAUAUGUAAAUAAAAGAUUGUUAUUUCUCAAA